UUAAAGUGAAAAGUCACAUAAAUACCCCACCCGACCUGGGCAAGGUUCAAGUUCCCCACCCCUCAGGCACAGAGAACAGUCAAAUACCCAUAGGUUGCCAGGAGAAGGGAAGUGGAUGCUGAAGUUUUGGAUUAACUGCUGCGUUACUCGGAAAUUUUAGGUGAUAUGUGAGCUUUGUAGGUUAACAGAAUUUUGGCAGGGGAGGUUGAGGGUGCUUCUGCAUGGAGUUGAAGAUUUCAGGGCAAACUGCUAAAGGUUGGGUAGAACUUAUGAAAUUUUACAAGAAAAAUCCUAUCAUUAGGAGAAUUACUUAUGAGAUCGAGGGAAUGAUAGGUUAAUGGUAGCAAACUAGUAAAAGUUGAAGUACACUUAUAUUAUUUUAUGAGUUAACUUUCUUAAUGGAGGCGAACUGGUAGGGGGUGAAAUUGCAAUGGGGCUGGGUUAUUCUUACCUCGUUUUGACAUAUUAGCUGUGUUCUGUUACUGAACAGAUUAGAUGCACAGCAACAUGGAAUCUGUAUUUUAAAUGGAAAUUAAUUACCUCUGACACAGACAACCCUGUCUCUCUUCUUCUUUCGUUAAUCAUGAAAAAAUAGUAAGGUAAAUAUUUUUAAUUUAAAAUGUGUGAUCUGUUCUUACUUGAUAAUACACUGAUCUUACAGUUUGCUGUAUUUUAUCAUGAGCACGUUUUUACCAAAGAUCCUGGAACAACUUGCACCACUCCUUGGCAUCAAGACCAGUCUUAUUUCCCAGUGGAUGGAUGGAAGAAUUGUUCAUUUUGGAUUCCUGUCACUCCUGUAUCCAAAGCGUCAAAUUUGACUUACUUUGGUGGAUCUCAUAAGUGGGGUAAAUGGUUUAAACCUACAAAUUUUGCAUCCCUACAGAGUUACAAAUACACAAAAACGUAUAAUGACAAGGUUUUUGAAGACAUCCCUGAUAUUGAUGGUCAUCCAGAGGCAUACAACUUGCUUUCCUGGGACCUUCAGCCUGGUGAUUGCUUAGUAUUUCACAUGAAAAUUCUUCAUGGUGCAAAGCAGAGCACAGACCCAUAUGGAAGAAAAGUGGUUGCCAUGCGCUGGCUUGGAGAAGAUGCAACAUUUGCCGAUAGACCAUGGGAACCAUCACCCAAUUACAAUGGAGGAUUAAAACUUGGUGAUCACUUCUAUAAAAGCGAAUCUUUCCCAGUUGUUUGGAGAUCAGAAAAACAAAUUGGUAAUUAAACAGAAACUGUCAUGGUUUUCUGAGGGGUCCAGAUUAAAUGGUGGUGAUGACAGACAUCCUUGUCAUUUAACUCUAUGACUCCCGUAGCAUCUAAUUUCUCCUUACAAUAUCAGCCCUGAAUCACACAUUAGGGUCACAAGAAUAAAGGAAAUGAUCACCAACUAAAGAAGCUCUUGAUUGUUAGACAAAUUCUCCUUUUCAGCAGCUCAGGAAAUGUAUAGAGAACAGUAUGGAGAAUAUGUAUACUGAUUAAUUAGGGUGCAAUUAAGGGUUAGAGGGUUUUUU